AUGUUCAUGCAGAGUCUCAAAGAGGGCAUCCUCUCGGCCAUUUUUCUUCUCUUGGCAGCAUCGGGACAGUCGGCGCAAACGAUAAGUAGCACGGCUUAUCCUCUCAUCAGUUCACAAAGGCCAUGUGGGAGCCAAGACCAACAUUUCUGUUUCAAUGGCGGGACCUGCUUUUACCCUCAAGACAACAACAAACCCUUUUGCAUCUGCACAUCCGGAUUUAGCGGGAAUCGCUGUCAUGAUGUGGACAUGGACUCUGUAUUCCACAUUCCUCACCUUGUUGUCGAGCAGCUCAUCGCCAUCACUUGCGGGACGGCCAUUUUCGUUUUCUUCCUGGUGGUUGCCAUUUACUGCAUCGUGAGUAAGAGGUUAAAAAAGAAAGCCAAACUAAUCACAGCUGCACCAUGUGAGGUCACAGUGUGA